AUGAAGCUACAGGGGUCUCUGACCUGCCUCCUGCUGGCCCUGUGCCUGGGCAGUGGGGAGGCUGGUCCAUUGCCAAACGGAGAGGAGAGUGGUGGCGCAGGUGCCAUCAGACAAGGAAUCGGGGAGGCUGUGGGCCAUGGGGCUGGAGAGGCGGCCAGCACUGGAACGAAGGAGGCCCUCGGCCAAGAGGGUGGCAGUGCCGCUAGGGGCCCUGGCUUAGGGGAUGCUUUCAGCUACAAGGUCGGGGAAGCAGCAGGGGAUCUCGGAAGGUCUGUGGGUGAGGCUGGCAGACAGGCUGAGAACAUCGUCCGGCAAGGAAUAGAUGCCAUACGCAGUUCCGGUUCCUGGGGAUCGUCGGGUGGCCAUGGUGUCUCAGGCCUGGAAAGCUACAGCCGAGGCCAUGCUGGAGGACCAGGAACCCCCUGGGACCAAGGCUACCCAGGAGGCUCAGAAGGCAACUCUGGCACCAACUCUCUGCAAGGCUCCUGGGGUCCUGGGGCCAAUGGGGUGCCAUCCAACUUUGGGACGGAUCCUCAGGGAGCAGUGGCCCAGCCUGGCUAUGGUUCAGUGAGAGGCAGCAACACAGGGUGCACCAACGCCCCGCCCUCUGGUGCAGGUGGAGGUUCCAGUAACCCUGGGGGAAGCAGCAGCCACGGCAGCAGCAGCAGCAGCCACAGCGGUGGUAGUAGCAGUGGUAGUGGCAGCCAUGGUGGGGGUAGCAACGGCGGCAGCAGCCAUGGUGACAGCAAUGGCUAUGGCAGCAGCAGCAGCAGUUCUGGGGUCAGCAGGGAACGACCUCUAGAAAGUUCUAGGGAUUUGGACCAAAGUUUCUCAGUCUCCAAGGGAACCGAUGCCAGCCACUCUUCAGGCAGCAGCGGUGGAAGCGGAGGGGGACACAAACCUGAGUGUGAAAACCCUGGGAACGAUGUCCGAGGGGCUGGAGGAUCUGGGGGCCAGGGAAGCAGAGAGAGCAGUCACCUCCUUGGGGGCUCCCAGAGCAGCAGCCAUCAGGGGCAAGGGUCUGACGGAGACAGCCACAGCCAAGGUGAUGCCGUGAAUGGACUCAACAACGUGCACUCUCCUCAGACAGCUCCUGAGCUCUUCAACUUUGACACUUUCUGGAAGAACUUUAAAUCCAAGCUGGGUUUCAUUAACUGGGAUGCCAUAAACAAGGGCCAAGUCCCGCCCCCCAGCACUCGGGCCCUCCUCUACUUCCGGCGACUCUGGGAGGAUUUCAAACACAACACCCCUUUCCUCAACUGGAAAGAAAUUAUCAAGGGUGCAGAUGUGUCAUCAUUGCAGAAGAGGGCAGGUGGCGCUGACCCGAACUACAGUUAUAACCAGCAGGCAUAUCCUACCGCCUAUGGUCCACAGUACCCACCCAAGACGCCUGCAAAGGGAGGAGUCACGCCAUCUUCCUCGGCUUCGCGGGUGCAACCUGGCUUGCUGCAGUGGAUGAAGUUUUGGUAGAGAAUUCCUUCCCAUCAAUACUGAGGCCCUGGCAACUACUGUCCGGCGAGGAGACAGAUCUCCAGUCCACACUGGCCCUGCCCGGGGCACUGGCAUCCCAUUGGCUGUGCUGGGCACCUGGCUAUUCUGUUGCUCCAUUCUUCCCACUCCAGAUGGUGUCGCCACCUGACACCUUCUUCGAUAAGCCACCUGUCUUCACCUGCUCCGUUCUGUGACCUGAAGUCGCCGUGACAAUUCUGCAAGAGGCCUUUUCUACUUUUGAGUUCGCUGUAGAAAUAAAACCUGGUUCCUGCUU